AUGCCCAUUAUGCCGUUGUAUGUUGUUCGCAGACAUUCUGAGAUGCCUCAAUCUCUCUCUUUCUCUAUCUUUGUUGUUUCAUCAUCUUAUAUUGGCACGCACUUCACAUGCUACUUUUUUCAUUUCCACCUUCUCUUUCCAUAACCAGGCUGUUCUUUCUGGUUUUCUGGAACUCCUAAAGUGAACUUCAUUAAAAGAACAUUAAUUCAUUAUAAUAGACUUUUUGUUUUUUUAUGAAAGAUUUGGAUGGGCUCUGAUAAGCAGUCGGCUGGUUUUCUUGAUACAAUAAAGAUGGAGAGGGUUAGAACUAUAUUUACCCACACUUAUCCUUACCCUCAUGAGCAUUCCCGCCAUGCCAUAAUUGCUGUUGCUGUGGGUUGCCUGUUUUUCAUCUCAUCUGACAAUAUACAUACUCUAGUAGAAAAAUUAGAUAACAAUAUUAAGUGGUGGUCUAUGUAUGCCUGCUUGUUUGGGUUCUUUUAUUUCUUUUCAACACCUUUUAUAGGCAAGACUAUCAAGCCAAGCUAUUCAAAUUUCAGUCGAUGGUACAUAGGGUGGAUUUUAGUGGCAGCUGUGUAUCAUCUUCCUAGUUUUCAGUCAAUGGGAGUGGAUAUGAGAAUGAAUCUAUCUUUGUUUUUGACAAUAUAUGUAUCGUCUAUUGUAUUUCUUACUGUGUUCCACAUUAUAUUUUAUGGACUCUGGUAUAUUGGCCUGGUUUCGCGUGUGGCUGGGAAGAGACCAGAGAUCUUGACCAUUCUUCAAAACUGUACUGUACUUAGCGUGGCAUGCUGUGUAUUUUAUAGUCAUUGUGGCAACCGAGCCAUGUUAAGAGAAAGACGGCCUGACCAAAAAAAUUCGAAUUGGUUUUCUUUCUGGAAGAAAGAAGAGAGAAACACAUGGCUUGCGAAGUUUCUUCAGGUGUAUGAGUUGAAGGACCAGGUUUGUUCAUCUUGGUUUGCUCCAGUUGGAUCUGCAAGUGAUUAUCCUCUUUUGUCAAAAUGGGUUAUUUAUGGCGAGAUAGCUUGCAAUGGUUCAUGUCCUGAUUCAUCUGAUGAAAUUUCUCCCAUCUACUCACUCUGGGCUACGUUUAUUGGGCUUUACAUGGCAAAUUAUGUGGUUGAAAGGUCCACUGGGUGGGCUCUCACUCACCCAUUAUCUGUUAAAGAAUAUGAGAAGGUGAAGAAGAAGCAGAUGAAGCCUAAUUUUUUGGACAUGGUUCCUUGGUACUCUGGAACAUCUGCCGAUUUAUUCAAAACAGUUUUUGAUCUCAUUGUAUCAGUUACUGUCUUUGUUGGGCGUUUUGACAUGCGUAUGAUGCAGGCAGCAAUGAGUAGGGCUGAUGACGGAAAGCAACAAGGUGACCUUCUAUAUGAUCAUUUUAGUGAGAAGGAUGAUUUUUGGUUUGACUUCAUGGCUGAUACUGGUGAUGGUGGGAACUCUUCUUAUGCCGUUGCACGACUUCUUGCUAAGCCUUCCAUUCGCACACUAAAAGAUGAUUCUGAGGUUUCGUUACCACGUGGAGACUUGCUAGUUAUUGGGGGUGAUCUUGCAUAUCCUAAUCCAUCAGCAUUCACAUACGAAAGGCGUCUUUUUGUUCCCUUUGAGUAUGCUCUCCAGCCUCCUCCAUGGUAUAAAGCAGAGCAGAUAGCUGUGAAUAAACCCGAGGUACCUUUUGGAGCUCAACUGAAACAGUAUGAUGGACCUCAGUGUUUUGUUAUUCCUGGGAACCAUGACUGGUUUGAUGGACUUCAGACUUUUAUGAGGUACAUAUGUCAUAGAAGUUGGUUAGGUGGAUGGCUCAUGCCCCAGAAAAAGAGUUAUUUUGCUUUGCAACUUCCUAAACGGUGGUGGAUUUUUGGGUUUGAUCUAGCUCUUCACGGUGAUAUCGAUGUGUACCAAUUCAAAUUCUUUACAGAGCUGAUAAAGGAAAAGGUUCAAGAGGAUGACUCUGUGAUCAUUGUUACUCAUGAACCUAACUGGCUUACUGACUGGUAUUGGAACGAUGUUACUGGAAAGAAUGUUUCACACCUGAUUUGUGAUUAUUUAAAAGGAAGAUGUAAGCUUCGAAUGGCUGGGGACUUGCAUCAUUACAUGCGUCAUUCCCAUGUAAAGUCAGAUGGGCCUGUCCAUGUUCACCACCUUCUUGUAAAUGGUUGUGGUGGAGCAUUUCUACAUCCCACCCAUGUUUUCAGUAAAUUUAGUAAACUUCAUGGAGUUUCCUAUGAAUGCAAAGCUGCAUAUCCUUCCUUUGAAGAUUCAAGCAGGAUUGCAUUAGGGAAUAUCCUAAAAUUUCGAAAGAAGAACUGGCAAUUUGAUUUUAUUGGUGGCAUUAUAUAUUUUGUACUAGUCUUUUCAAUGUUUCCACAAUGUGAGCUGAAUCACAUCCUCCAAGAUGAUACAUUUUCUGGUCAACUAAGAAGUUUCCUUGGUACUGCGUGGAAUGGAUUUAUAUAUAUCCUGAAUCACUCUUAUGUGUCAUUCGCGGGAGCUAUGCUGUUAUUAAUUGCAGCAUAUUCUUUUGUUCCACCCAAAUUGUCACGGAAGAAACGAGCAAUGGUUGGAGUCCUUCAUGUUUCUGCGCACCUCACUGCAGCACUGAUCCUUAUGUUACUUCUUGAAAUUGGCAUUGAAACAUGCAUCCGGCAUAACUUGCUGGCAACUUCAGGUUAUCACACUUUAUAUCAGUGGUAUCAACAAGUGGAAAGUGAACACUUUCCAGAUCCAACUGGCCUCCGAGCUCGAAUUGAGCAAUGGACAUUUGGUCUUUAUCCAGCAUGUAUCAAGUAUUUAAUGUCUGCUUUUGAUGUGCCAGAGGUCAUGGCUGUCUCACGAAACAAUAUUUGCAAGAAUGGAUUGGAGUCUAUUUCCCGAGGGGGUGCUGUAAUAUAUUAUUUUUCCAUCUUCCUUUAUUUUUGGGUUUUCUCGACCCCUGUUGUUUCCUUAGUAUUUGGAAGCUACCUAUAUAUUUGCAUCAACUGGCUUCACUUGCACUUCGAUGAAGCCUUCUCAUCUCUCCGAAUAGCUAAUUACAAGUCAUUCACGCGAUUCCACAUCAAUUCUGAUGGUGAUCUUGAAGUUUAUACACUGGCUGUUGAUAAGGUUCCUAAGGAGUGGAAGCUCGAUCCUGAUUGGGAUGGGGAGCCAAAACAACCAGAACAUUUGAGCUAUAUGAGAAGCUUUCCUAGCAAAUGGAGGGCAGCCACUGCCCACCAGGAUCCAGUGCAUACUGUCAAAAUUGUUGACCAUUUCGUUAUUGAACGAACUGAAAAGAAUGACAAUGUUACUGCUACAGCAGCUAACGAGCCAGUUCAAUGAUUUGUUGAUUUGGUUAUUCUAGUUGUAACAUAAUUUAGGUAGCUUUUCAAAGAAAUGAAAAGGGAAAAAAAAUGCAGUUUCCUCUAGUUAUUACAAUCUAUGUCCCACAGCUUCACCA